UGCAGGGAUGCCUGGCUGGGAAGUAGGUGACUGAACGGCAGGCAUGGAAGGGAGAGGACCCUACCGCAUCUACGACCCCGGCGGGGGCUCAGAGGAGAAUGGAUCCACGGCCUUUGAGCGGCUGGUGGAGGAGAACAGCCCGCUGAAGGAGAAGAUGCAGGGGAUCAAGUCUAUAGGAGAGCUGCUGGAGGAGUCCCAGAUGGAGGCAUCAAAGCUGCGGCAGAAGGCAGAGGACCUCGUGAAAGACAACAAAAUGCUGAUUGCAUCAUCUACCUUGGAGGACCUGCUGGAAACUGGAGCCAUCGGCCCUGAUCCCAGCUCCACGCAGGUUGCCCAGGGGAACAUUCAGCCAGACACGGAAGCACAGAAGUCUCCUUCUAGUGGAUCCCCCUCUGAGUUUGAGAUUGUUCCUGUUGAAGUGCAAGGGUUUCCCCAGGAGAGUAGGAGAACGGACUUGGAGCAGCCACAGAAGGAGGAUUCUAACCUGCUGCCCCAGCUGCAGCAGCUGGAGAACACGCUGAGUGGCUGUGCCAAGGAGGCCAGCAAGGACCAGGUUUUUGUGCGCAUGGGCUACAUGGCCUCCGAGCUCAAGCGCCUGGCCUCCAAAGUGCACAAGAAUGAGCAGAGAACAUCGUUCCUGCAGACGCUGUGUGAGACGCUGCACAGUGAGAACAAGGAGCUGCGAACCAAGCUGGAGCGGGACUUGGAGCAGAGAAACCAGGCACUGGAGAAGCUCAGGUGUGAGAACCAGGAGCUCCGGAGGAUGGUGACACUGAGCAGCCAGGACAGUGGGAAGAGGGAAGCUGCCGAGCAGCAGCAGCAGAACGGGGCUGCAGUGGAGAAGGCGCCUGGCAGAGGAGAGCUGGAGGCCAAGGAGAAGAAGGUGAAGAUCCUGGAGCACCAGCGCAGGGAGCUGCUGGAGGUGAAUAAGCAGUGGGAUCAGCACUUCCGAGCCACGAAGCAGAAGUAUGAGCAGAAGGUCACAGACCUGCACCAGGAGCUGGCCGAGGCCCGCAGGACACUGACUGAGCUGGAGUCAGAGCGGGAGCAAAAGCAACGGGAUUUCGACCGCAAGCUGCUCCUGGCCAAGUCCCGGAUUGAAACAGAGGAGGCAGAGAAGGAGAGGCUGGCCAUGGAGGUGAGGGACCUGCAGCAGAGGAUGCGGUUCCUGCAGGAGCAGCUGGCUCCGGUCACCAGGCAGCGGGAAUACCAGGAGAAAGAGAUCCAGAGGCUGAACAAGGCACUAGAGGAGGCCCUGAAUGUCCAGGCCUCCCCACCACCUGUCUUUGCCAGCACCAUGGAGCCAGCUGGGAAGCUGCCACAGCAGGAGCUGCUGACCCAGAACGAGCUCCUCAAGCAGCAGGUCAAAAUUUUCGAGGAGGACUUCCAGCGGGAGCGGAGUGAUAGGGAGAGGAUGAACGAGGAGAAGGAAGAGCUGAAGCAGCAGCUGGAGAAGCUGCAGAAGCAGCUGGUCCUCUCCAACAACCAGCUGCGAGCGUCCAAGGAUGACUGCCAGAGGGAGAAAGAAGAGAAGGAGAAGCUGAAAAAGCUGCUGAAACAGCACAAACAGGCUUCCGGAGAGAGGCUGCACCCUGAGCCACUGCCAGGGCCGCUGGGUCCUGCCUGCCCCCCGUACCAGUACCAGUACAGUCCCCCCAUGGCUCACCCCAUGUACCACGGCUUUGACGAGUGGCAGCAGAUCCGAUACCCACCAGCAAUGCCGGGCGAGCACACGGCAGGACAGAACUUCCACCAUUUUCCCCCACCCGAGUACGCCUGGCGCCCGCCCUGUGCCAUGGCUCGCAGCCAGAAUGCCCAGGCAGUGGCCGGGGUGAAACCAGUCCCCAAGGACUUGGAACAGGCAGGUCCCGGAUUGCCCUAACGCCAAGGACCGGCUGGGCUGCGAUACCGGCGGCAGAGGAGUAGGGUGUGUGUGUGUGCCUGUGUGUAUAUAUCUAGGAGCUUCCUCCAGC